AUGAAUCUAUUUGUCAAUUAUAUUCCCACCUCAUCUUUCUCAAAUAUUCCUGUGGAUUGGCUUGAAACUGAUCAAGCUCACAUCUUCAAAGCUAACAUACCUGGUUUGAAAAAAGAGGAUGUUAAAGUUGAAGUAGAAAACGAGCAACGUGUUAUUCGCAUAAGUGGAGAGUUUAAAAAGGAUGAGGUGGACAUAAAUGACAAAUGGCAUCAUUUGGAGAGCCCACGUGGCACAUUCUCUCGUCACUUCCGCCUGCCAGAGAAUGCCAUGUUGGAUCAAGUGAUGGCCAACAUGAUGAAAGGAGUGAUGACUCUGACAAUUCCAAAGGCUGCUGAGAGUAAGCCUAAUGUCAUACCAAUUGACAUAUCUGAAAAUUAA